AUGAAAGAGAUAACUUCCUUUUAUGUUUCUAAUAUCCAACAUGACACUACCACAACCAUGCUGAGUGAAGCGUUUCGAAAAUAUGGGCGGAUUGUCGACAUCUAUAUUUCUGGGAGUAAAGACAAAACAGUAUCCUAUUUUGCGUUUGUGAAGUAUGAAGGAGUCAAAGAUGUCCAGGUAAUGCUAAACUCGAUAAAUCAAGUUAGGUGUGGUCACUGUAUCGUGAAGGUUAAUGUCGCUAAAUAUGAAAAGAAAAGCAACAACAAGUAUCGAGUUCAACUAUAUCAUAACACCUGCCCUCCACAGCCCCCUGACAGACAAUACUGGGGGUUCGACUAA